AGGCGGCGACUGAACAUAACCGUGUGCUGCAUUAUUUGUUUUGGUGUGUACUGUGGUGAGUGGAGAUAUCAAUAUCAAUAUUCAAGAUUUAAUCCCAUUUAUUUUCAGAAAAUGACCACCAUUCGUCGAAUGACAUGUGACGAUCUGUUUAAGUUCAACCUGGUGAAUCUGGAUCCACUGACUGAAACUUAUGGCAUCUCAUUUUAUAUGCAGUACAUGGCCCAUUGGCCUGAGUACAUGCAAGUUGCCGAAUCUGCCAGUGGACAGAUCAUGGGAUACAUCAUGGGCAAGACGGAGGGUCACGGCGAGCAUUGGCACGGGCACGUGACGGCCGUCACAGUGGCGCCCACCUUCCGGAGACUCGGCCUGGCGCGCAAACUCAUGGACUACCUGGAGGACGUCUCGGAGAGGAAGAGGGCCUACUUUGUCGACCUGUUUGUCCGUGUGAGCAACAAGGUGGCGAUCGACAUGUACGAGAAGCUCGGCUACGUCGUCUACCGGAGGGUGCUCGAGUACUACUCGGGCGACGAGGAUGCGUUUGACAUGCGGAAGGCCCUAUCUCGGGACCCCGGCAAGCAGUCCAUGAUACCGCUGAAGCACCCGGUUCGACCCGACGAGCUGGAUUAACGCCACAGCGGCUCUUAUGGAGCAGUUGGGCCGUUCUCCGGUGCUGGCGGACCGCUGAGUGACUUCAGCCAGGCAGACGAUGCUUGGGAGGGGACGAAGUGGAGUACCUCACGGAGGGCUGGAACGGGAGACAGUUACAGUGUCGCUUGUUGCCGGUGGGCGGUGAUAAACCGUGGGACAAUAAGAAAUAGUGCAUGGUCGUCGGUCGAGUGGUAAAAUGAGUAGAUAAUGUUGUUAAGUGCAGUCGUGCGAUUUGGGGAGGGGGGAGGGGCUGUGUUCUUUGGUGUGUACUAAUGGCAUGUUUUUAUGCUUGUAACUUUUCAUAUAUGUUGUUUUCCGAUUUAUAGGAAAAUAAACCGUUUUCCGAUUGACAUGCAAAGAA